AUGUACCUGCGGCGACUGACUGAACAAGACGCGAUUCAGGCGCUAGAGAUGUGGUCGCGCAGUCCGGCCGCAAACGACGUUCCUGCUGUUGAGCUCCAGAGCGUGCAGUCCCGCUUGCGCGCAGCCAUGCGUUCGACUGUGCCGCUUUGGCAUGUGAUUGUUGACUCACUGGGUGACGCCGUGGAUGGAUAUGGCAAACCUCCGGGUUUUGCUGUGAGCACGUACUUCAUGCAGAACAUGGAUGAGUUGAGAGAGUUGGCCAGACAAUGUCUAGUAGAGUUUCUUGAAGAAGACAAGCCAGACGAGCUUGAAGAAGCUAUCCAGAACCCACAGUUCCAAGAGUGGGCUCGCCAGUGGUACUUGCAAUCCGAAGACUUGUCAGACGUAAGGUCCGUGCGGUACAUGUGUCGGCUGCCAGGUUGUAACGUCUUGCUUCAUUGCAUUCGCAACGAUUUUGGCGAGUGUUGCAAGCUCUUGCUAUCAAGGUUCAGUGACCAGACCAGAGCGCAGGAUUGGCUUGUCCUCGCAGAGCCGAUGCGGGUCUUCAACCAGUAUGAAGGAAUUUCCUUUCACGAGGCUGCCUACUGCGGAUCCACGGAAUGUCUUCAAGCGCUGAUUGAGUACGCCAACCAACACGGCAUCUCUUGGAAAGAAGUGAAGGACAAACAGGGCAAGACUGCGCUGGAGGUUGCCAAGAGCCAGGUGGGUGGGCGGGUGGGUGAGCGGGUCCCGGCACUGCAAAUCCUUCAGCUGGAGCAUGGUGUGACGGACUUGGUGCAGCCUGCAUGUGAUGCCUCACAGGAAGGCAUUUUGAUUGCAAGCUUGGCUCACUCCACAGAAGGCGGCAAGUGGGAAGAAACUGCACGAAAGCGGUGCCCACUUGCAGCUGCAACUACCACGUGGAGUGAGCUCUUGUCGCUAACGCAGCGGGCACUGCAAGAACUGCAUGAGAUCAGGAGCACGGACGACGAGAAAGUCUUGCUUCUUCUCUCGAAGACUGCGGUGCAAGAUGAUGACGGGUCCGCCAUACAUUCAUUCUUUGAAGUGUGCUGCAAUGUGGCAAGUUUAGGCUUCAACAAAUGCACGCUGACGUCUCCAGAGGCAGCCACAAUUGUGCUGUCCGCAGUUCGGUCCUGCCUUCAAAAGGAAACACCGCCACGGUGGGAACGGCUCUACAUCUUUCAAGCAAUGGCUCUUCCAACUACAGGCCAUGAGACUGAUGCCCAUGCAGCGGUCGAGCACAAACAAAAGUUUGCACACAUGAUCGAACAUCUCUGCCAGUUGAUCGUGAAGCAGCCGUCCUGCCCGUUGUGGCGGGUGGACAGCCUGCCAGUCUCCAGGCUGACAGAGGAGAACAGGCAUCUUGCUGCACUUCUCAAAUCAGCGCUAGAUGUGAAAGGCUGCAUUCGACUCCUCCGCGCCGGCAACUUUCCAUAUCGAUUCUUUUGGACACGGCUGACAUGGAUGGAACGUCGGCUGAAACGGGCUGAGAUGGGCAUUGUGGCACAGACGAAUUUUCUGAGCCGUUCUGAAGCGACCUAG